AUGGUGAAGUAUGUAAGAUCUUCUCCCGAAAGAUUAGAGGACUUUAAGAGUUGUGUUAAGAAUGAGAAAAUUAAAUGCAAAGGGCUUGUGGUGUUGGAUGUGCCAACUAGGUGGAAUUCCAUAUAUAUGAUGUUGGAAGCCGCUUUAAAGUUUGAAAAAGCCUUUUGGAGAAUGGGAGAAGAUGAUGAAGGCCCAUAUAUUUCUUGGUUUGGUGAAGAUGAACUGGUUCUCGAAGAUAGGGUGAUUAUAUCUCAUUACUCUAAAAAGAGGGAAGGGCCACCAACUAAUGAAAAUUGGAACAAUGCUCGUACCUUUGUGAAUUUUUCUAAAGGUAUUUUAUGA